AACAUUAACAUAGUAUUAUUAUUACUCUCCCUCCAUCUUCAAUCGAAACAGAGAUACUACAGAAGAACAAUAAAAUGGCAAUAACACUUCGGUCUGCAAUUUCUUUCGUUAGCAACAAAGAAACCAAAGCUUUUGAUUACGUUUCUUACAAAGUUGUAAGUUUUCCAAAAAUGAAAGCAUCAUUUCGUCUCCAAGCAAAGAGUUCCAUACAAGAAGCACACUUGAGAAACAAGAAUUGGGAGGAGGUUCAUCAUGCCCCAUUGGUUAUUCAUGCUCCAUUGGUUGUUCAUGAACAUAGUGAUUCAAAGAGGGUACCUGUAUUUGUGAUGCUGCCACUAGAGACGGUGACAGUGGGAGGAACUUUGAAUAAGCCAAGGGCAAUGAAUGCUAGUUUGAUGGCCUUGAAGAGUGCAGGGGUUGAGGGAGUGAUGGUGGAUGUUUGGUGGGGUUUGGUGGAAAAAGAUGGACCUUUAAACUACAACUGGGAAGGCUAUGCUGAGCUUUUUCAGAUGGUGCAAAAGCACGGCUUGAAGGUUCAGGUUGUUAUGUCUUUCCAUCAAUGUGGAGGAAAUGUUGGAGACUCCUGCAGCAUUCCUCUACCACCUUGGGUGCUGGAAGAAAUCGGCAAGAAUCCUGACCUGGUUUACACAGACAGAUCAGGGAGAAGAAAUCCUGAAUACAUCUCAUUGGGCUGUGAUUCAAUGCCUGUUCUAAGAGGAAGGUCUCCCCUUCAGGUGUACUCUGAUUACAUGAGGAGCUUCCGCGACAGCUUCGGAGAUUAUAUGGGCAGUGUUAUCAGAGAAGUUCAAGUGGGAUUGGGUCCUUGUGGGGAGCUGAGAUAUCCAUCAUAUCCAGAAAGUGAAGGAACCUGGAGGUUUCCUGGAAUUGGAGAAUUCCAGUGCUAUGACAAGUACAUGAAAGCUUCCUUGGAAGCAUCAGCUGAGGCAAUUGGGAAGAAAGAUUGGGGAAGAAGUGGUCCCCAUGACUCAGGCCAGUACAAUCAAUUUCCUGAGGAUACUGGAUUUUUCAAGAGGGAAGGAACAUGGAACACUGAAUAUGGACACUUCUUCCUGGAGUGGUACUCCAAUAAACUUCUUGAACAUGGUGAGAGUAUCCUUGUGGCUGCAAAAGGAAUAUUUCAAGAUUCUGGGGUGAAACUAUCUGCCAAAGUAGCUGGAAUUCAUUGGCAUUACAGAGCAAGGUCACAUGCAAGUGAACUAAAUGCAGGCUACUAUAACACAAGGUUUCAUGAUGGUUACCUACCAAUAGCUCAAAUGUUUGCAAGACAUGGAGUUGUGCUCAAUUUCACAUGCAUGGAAAUGAAGGACAGGGAGCAACCUGAACAUGCUAAUUGCUCCCCCGAAGGAUUGGUUCAUCAAGUGAAGAAUGCAACCACGAGUGCAGGGGCAGAACUUGCGGGAGAGAAUGCAUUAGAGAGAUAUGAUGCAGGGGCAUUUGGUCAAGUUUUGUCAACAAGUAACUCUGGGAGUGGAUUGGGUGCAUUUACUUAUCUAAGAAUGAAUAAGAGGUUGUUUGAGGGUGAUAACUGGCGGCACUUUGCGGGAUUCGUAAGAAGCAUGUCUGAGGGUGGUCAGAGACAAAGGCUCCCAGUUUCUGAUUCCUUUGGGAUUAAACUUUAUGUUGGACACAUCAAAGGAAUUGAACAGAAGCAAGAUCAAGAGGCUGCUCUUGUGUGAACACAUAUAGCAUAUUGUAGAUGGGUCUCUGUGUAUACUUAAAAGUAUAGUAAAUUUUAUAGGGAAGAGGAAGAAAAAUUGAGUAGCGAGAGAAAAGAGGUAGUUAGAAUUUUAUGGUGUGUAUACGCGAUAAAAAUGAUUUUUUCCAUGCCAAAACCUGAGAUUAUCAGGACAAUAUUACUCCAGAAUAUUUUUAAGUAUGUUUGGAUCGGAGUUAGCAAAAUUGAUUCUACUAAAAUUGUGUAUGGUAAACUUGAGUUAAAACAAUGUGAUUUAUGUUUGGAUACAUUUAUGAAAAUAAUAGUUUGUAUAA